AUUUCAAUUAUUAACAUUUAUUCAUUUAUAUUUUCAUUUCAUUUCAUUUUGCCUUUUAAAGCUCACACAUAUAAUUCCCACUCAUUAUCUUUGUUGCUUAAAGUUUGCCCUCCUCUCUCUCUCUCUCUAAAAUAAAACAUCUCAAGAGAGUGAGACUGUUUAUAUGGUCUUGAAAGAGAAAGAAAAACCAGACCCACAUCACACAUUCAUAGAUUCACUCCUCCAUAUCUAUAAGUUUAGUGAGAGAAUUAAGGUUAUAUAUACAUAUAUAUAUAUAUAACCCCCCUCUCUCUCUCUCUAAAACAUGGAUGGUGGUGAUGAUCACUUCCACCAUCGUCCCAACUUCCCCUUCCAACUCCUCGAAAAAAAAGACGACGAAGCCUGCUCCUCCUCCGCCGCCGCAGCUUCCGCCUACCCAUCCCGCCAACUCACCAUCACCACCACCACCGCCGCUGCUGCCGACACCGACAUCUCAAAAAAACUCCCACCAAAACGAACCUCCACAAAAGACCGCCACACAAAAGUGGACGGGCGUGGUCGCCGCAUCCGCAUGCCCGCCCUAUGCGCCGCGCGGGUCUUCCAGCUAACCCGCGAGCUCGGCCACAAAACCGAUGGCGAAACCAUCGAGUGGCUACUUCAACAAGCCGAGCCAGCUGUUAUUGCAGCCACUGGCACUGGUACUAUUCCAGCUAACUUUACUUCACUUAAUAUCUCUCUUCGGAGCUCCGGGUCCACUAUGCAGGUCCCUUCUCAGCUCCGAUCGGGUUAUUUCAACCCGAAUUUUGCUCUCCCACAUAACCGGAGUCUUUUUCCGGGUAUUGGGUUGGCGUCUUCUGAAAACAGUUCGUCAAAUCUUCUGAAUUUCGGGUCAUCAACGAAUCUGAAUCAGAUAUUGCAAGCGAAACAAGAGAAUCGGGAUAAUUCGGUUGAGUUAUCCGAACCCGAAGAGGGUUUAGGAAGAAAACGUCGGGUUCCGGGUGAUCCGGAGUUACCCGCACACGCACACGCCCACGCACAACAACAGAUGGGGAAUUAUAUGUUGCAGUCGAGUUCGGGUUCUAUGUCGGGGAAUCAUGCGUCCGUACCUGCGAACUUUUGGAUGGUAGCGAAUUCUAAUCAACAAAUGAGUGUUGGUGGCGACCCGGUUUGGACUUUUCCAGCGGUUAAUAAUUCGGGUUUGUAUAGAGGCCCAGUUUCGACCGGGUUGCAUUUUAUGAAUUUUCCGACACCGGUCGCUGUUUUGCCGAGUCAGCAAUUGUCGGCAGGAAUUGGCAGUGGUGGUGGUGGUGGCGGCAGUGGCGGUUUUACAGAAGGGCAGUUGAAUAUGCUUGCCGGGUUAAAUCAUUACCGGCCGAUAUUCGGGCCCGGGUCAUCGGAUCAACAAGCGAGUGGAUCUCAGUCUCAUCAUGGUGGCGGUGGCGAUGACCAGCAUGAUAGCACUAGCCACCACUCGUAAGGGUUUUCGGGUUUCGGUUAAAGUAGAUGUGUAAGCACACAAGGUUUGAUUUUGAUUUGCUACAAAAAUUUUGGAAAAAAAAUAAUUAUGCUGAUUUUUUUCAUUUUUUUUUUUGAAGUUUUUUUUUUAAUUGUGUGAUUAUUUAUGAGGAUCUGCAAAGUGUUUGGAGAGAGAAUUUUUAACAGUGUGUAUUGUUGGUUUUAAUGAUUACAAAGAAAAAGAAAAGGUCCCAUAUAUGAAUUUAUUUA